AUGAGCUCUUCCUCUGAUUUCAUUACUUUGGGCUAUAUAGGGAAGAAAGAUGAAUCCUUUGAUACACCAGAAGCUCAGAGUAUUAAAAGCAAAAUAGGCGGACUUCCAGAGUGGCCUAAAGGUAGCCAAGAGACGACGAUAAAUUGUAGCGAAUGUCAUCAAGAGAUGAUUUUAGUUGUCCAGCUAUUUACUCCAUAUACUAAACAAAGAGAUAGAUGCAUUUACUUGCAUCUUUGCUGCAACAAUGAGUGUAGAUUUAUAUGGAAAGUUGUAAGACUUUCAAUAGCAAAAGAAUAUGGUAUUUCUGACAAUAUUACAAAAUUAGAAAAGUCUACUAUAUCUAACAACUGGCUAGAGUGUGCUGGUUUGUUAAGUGAUACCCAAAUAGAUUACAGUAGUGACAUAGACUUAAAUAAAGUUAAUAGUCAACAUAAUGGGAAGUACAGAAACAAAUACUUAGGAUUAAGAACUGACACCAGAUGUUUGCCAUGCUAUUUGAUCGAGUGCGAUUCUGAAAGUAUGUAUAUUGAUGAUAUGCAAAAACGUGCAGAAAGUUUGCUUUCAGACUAUCUUUUAAAGGAAGGUGAAGAAGACUUAUUUAACUAUAGUGAUUUAGAUGUUAGUGAUAGUGAAUCAAAUGAGAGUACCACUGAAGACCCCCUUAAAGCCGAUGAGAGCACCUAUGCUGGUGAAAUAAAUAAAUACAAUCGAAUAUUUUCUGAAACAAUUUCUAGAAAUCCAGGUCAAAUAAUCCGCUAUAGCUUUGGUGGAAAGCCAUUAUGGAGUGAAUCUCCCAAAAAUAUUGUAGUAAACAAUUGCGAAAACUGCAAUGCACCUAGAGUUUUUGAAUUUCAGCUCCUCUCAACAUUAAUAUAUGAGCUUAGUAGAAGGAACUUAGAAGAAAAAUUUGUAUUUAUGCAAAGUGAAGAUUGGGCAACAGUAGUUGUGUUUACAUGUAGUGAAGAUUGUGUUUCAAAUAACCCAUUAGAAGAGUAUUGCAUAGUUCAAUAUAUCUAA